GAGGAGGAUGCACGGAACGGAACAGAAGCUUCUGGGGUCUGUUCAACGCUGUUUCAGAAGGGAGAUCUGAAUUCUGAACUAGAAUUAGGUUUUGGUUUCAGUUAUCUUGCUAAUUUCGCAAUGUCUUCUCCCGCCGAGUGGUAUAAGUCUCUUCCACCUAUAAGCAAGGCUUAUGGCACGGUUUGUCUGUUGGCUACCGCAAUUUAUCAGCUUGGAAUAUAUCAUCCGGUUCAAAUUGCACUAUUAUAUGAACAAGUGUUCUAUCGUUUUCAGGUUUGGAGGCUGUUCACAAACUUUUUUUUCCUUGGACCAUUCUCUAUCAAUUUUGGCAUUCGUCUCUUAAUGAUAGCAAGGUAUGGUGUCCAACUUGAGAAGGGACCGUUUGACAGGCGGACUGCUGAUUUCUUGUGGAUGAUGAUAUUUGGAGCCUUUGCACUAUUGGUUUUGUCUGCUAUCCCUAUUUUGUGGUCCCCAUUUUUGGCAAUAUCACUUGUUUUUAUGCUCCUUUAUGUUUGGAGUAGAGAAUUUCCAACUGCCCAAAUCAACUUAUAUGGACUUGUUGCACUUAAGGCCUUCUAUCUUCCAUGGGCGAUGCUUGCUUUGGAUGUCAUUUUUGGUUCACCUCUUACGCCCGAUCUGUUAGGUAUCAUUGCAGGACAUCUUUACUACUUCUUGACAGUGUUGCAUCCACUGGCAGGUGGAAAAAACAUUUUGAAGACUCCAAUGUGGGUACAUAAAUUGGUUGCAAGGUGGAGAAUUGGAGCGCCACCAAUUAGCCGUGGCCAGCCUAUUAAUAAUAACGCUCAGCAAGAGAGUUCAGGUUCAGGGGUUGCUUUCAGGGGAAGGUCCUAUCGACUUAGCGGAUAGAUGCAACAAAUUAAAUGGAGUGGAAUUUCCUGACCACUUGUUUCAACUUCCCUUAUUUGAUUGGUGACUUGCCACCACUGACAAAUGGAGUUAAGCAUCCGUUGAUAAUUUGAAUGGGAGCAAUGUAUGAACCUUGAUAGUUCAUUGAAAAGCAAACUUUCUUUUGAGGACAGCCUUAUAGUUUAAAAUGAAUUCUCUUCGGAGCUUUUACUUGUAAGAAAGAGAAAAAGUUUAUGAGGUGAGUUAAUUGUCAAAUGUUCAUCUUGAAUUCAUAUCACUUCUGUCCUUACUUUCAAGAUAUUACCUCUUUGAUAUUCAGUUUGAAAGCUAGGCCCCGUGAAUUUGCAUCUCCAA